AAAGCUUGCUUAUAAGAGUGAGCCCAGGCAGGGCCGUGCUCACCCAUGGAAGUUAAAAAACCAGCCCUUUUCCAGAAAGAAGGAAAGCAAGUACCUGUCCAAUAUCCAGAAAAUGUCUGUAUUAUGCUUAUCCUUUCUCUUCCUCCUCUUCCUCUCCACGCCCUUCAAAGCCAUUUCACAAGACAUCAACGCUGAACGAACCCUUCUUCUCAAACUUAAACAACAGCUCGGCAAUCCACCCUCCAUUGGAUCCUGGAACUCAUCAUCCCCACCGUGUACUUGGCCGGAGAUCAACUGCACCGAUGGUUCAGUUACUGAAGUUCAUCUCCGCGACAAAAACAUCACAGUAAGAGUUCCUCCAACAAUAUGUGACCUUAAAAACCUCACUGUCCUUGACCUUUGCGACAAUUUCAUCCCUGGAGAGUUCCCAAUCCUCUACAGUUGUUCAAAGCUUAAAUUCUUAGACCUUUCUCAAAACUAUUUUGUUGGUCCAAUCCCUGAUGAUAUUGACCGAUUGUCGUCUCUGGUUUACUUGGAUAUUAGUGGCAACAAUUUUUCCGGUAAUAUUCCACCAAGUAUUGGAAGAUUACCGGAGUUGAAAGCCUUGCAGAUAUACCGCAAUCAGUUCAAUGGAACAUUUCCUAGAGAAAUUGGAAACUUGACCAACCUUGAGGUUUUGGAGAUGGCUUAUAACAAGUUUGUCCCCAUGAAAAUACCACUAGAGUUCGGUCAGAUGAGCAAGUUGAAGUACUUAUGGAUGAGAGAAACCAAUUUGAUUGGUGAAAUCCCUGAAAGUUUCAACAAUCUUUCCAGUCUACAGCACUUGGACCUAGCUAUAAACAAUUUGGAAGGCCCCAUUCCUAGUAUGAUGUUCUCCUUGAAGAAUUUAACAAUUCUUUAUCUCUUCCACAAUAAGCUGUCCGGUGGGAUACCCGAAACCAUCGAUGCAUUGAAUCUGAUUGAAAUCGAUCUUUCGGUGAAUAACUUGACAGGCUCCAUUCCUGAAGACUUCGGAAAGCUGCAGCAUUUGGGGUUUCUAAACCUGUUUGCGAAUCAGUUAACAGGAGGGAUACCAACAGGCAUUGGUCGACUUCCUGCUUUGGGUGAUUUUCGUGUUUUCCGGAACAGAUUGAGCGGAGUCUUGCCACCGGAAUUCGGCCUUCACUCAAAGCUUUUAGGAUUCGAGGUGUCAGAGAAUCAAUUCAGUGGCCAACUGCCUGAAAAUUUAUGUGCUGGUGGUGUCCUACAAGGAGUGGUUGCAUUUACAAACAAUCUCAGUGGGCAAAUACCAGAGUCGCUUGGAAAUUGUCCUACUUUGCGCACUGUUCAACUUCACAACAACAAGUUCUCCGGUGAGAUUCCUCGACAUCUGUGGAUGGCCUUCAAUUUGUCGAGCUUGAUGCUAACAAACAAUUCCUUUUCGGGAAAACUACCAAGUAGAGUUGCAUGGAAUUUGUCAAGGGUGGAAAUCAGUGACAACAAGUUCUCUGGUGAAAUCCCAACCGGAAUUGCAUCUUGGUCAAAUUUGGUCGUCUUUAAAGCGAGCAACAACUUAUUUUCAGACAAAAUUCCAAAGGAGAUAACAGCUCUUUCUCGCCUCGAUACUCUGCUUCUCGAUGGUAACAAUUUUUCCGGUGAACUACCAUCUGAAAUAAUCUCAUGGAGAUCGUUAACUACAUUAGAUGUCUCCAAUAACAAGCUUUAUGGUCAAAUCCCUGUUGCGAUCGGGUCUUUACCUGAUCUGCUGAACUUGGAUUUAUCUGAAAACCAAUUCUCUGGUCAAAUUCCUCCUGAAAUAGGCAACCUGACGCUGACUUCACUCAACUUGUCAUCCAAUCAACUUGUUGGAAGGAUUCCCAAGCAGUUAAAUAACCUUGUAUAUGAAAGCAGUUUCCUGAAAAAUGCUGAUUUAUGUGCAGAUCAUCCAAUUCUGAAGCUUCCAGACUGCUAUUCCAAACUCCAUCAGCCCAAGAGACUGUCGUCUAAAUACCUUGCCAUGAUUGUAGCACUUGCCAUCAUUGCUUCCACAGUUAUCCUUAUAUUGACCUUCUUCCUAGUUCAAGACUAUAAGAGGAGAAAGCGUCAAGAGUAUCUAGCAACAUGGAAGUUGACCUCAUUCCAGAGAUUGGACUUCACAAAGAGAAACAUACUGUCCAACUUGACUGAUAACAAUCUCAUUGGUAGUGGUGGCUCUGGGAAAGUUUAUCAAAUUGUCAUAAGCCAUUCAGGCAAAUCUGUUGCCGUGAAGAAAAUUUGGAAUAGUAAAAGAGUGGAUCACAAGCUUGAGAAAGAGUUCUUAGCAGAAGUUGAAAUAUUGAGCAACAUUCGCCAUUCCAACAUAGUGAAGUUAUUAUGUUGCAUUUCCAGUGAAGAUUCAAAGCUGCUGGUAUACGAGUACAUGGAAAACCAGAGCCUUGAUAGAUGGCUUCAUGGGAAUAAAAGAAGCUCAGUGUCAGGGACGAGUUCAAUCCACCAUGCUAUAUUGGACUGGCCAAGAAGGUUGCGAAUUGCAGUUGGAGCUGCUCAGGGGCUAUGCUACAUGCACCAUGAGUGCCUUACACCAAUCAUCCAUCGUGAUGUGAAGUCUAGCAAUAUCUUGUUGGACUCUGAAUUCAAUGCAAAAAUUGCAGAUUUUGGACUUGCUAAGAUGCUAACUAGGCAUGCAAGUUCUCAAACAAUAUCAGCAAUUGCAGGGUCCGUCGGUUACCUCGCCCCAGAGUAUGCAUAUACAACAAAAGUGAAUGCAAAGGUUGAUGUUUACAGCUUUGGAGUGGUACUGCUGGAAUUGGUGACGGGUAGAAAAGCCAACAACAUAGACGAGAAUAUGAGCUUGGUAGAAUGGGCAUGGCAGCACUUCUCAGAGGAUAAGCCAAUAGAAAUACUUGAUCCAGAGGUCAAAGAACCAUCCUACUUGGAGGAAAUGAUACUGGUAUACAAAGUAGGAAUCCUCUGUACACAUGCAUCACCUUCUACCAGGCCUUCCAUGAAUGAAGUUUCGAAUAUCCUUCGUAGCUGUUCUUUUCCUGAUGGUCAUGCAGCCAAAAAAGUGGGAAGUGAAUUUGAAGUAGCUCCACGUCUAGGCAGAGACACUGAUGCUUAUUUUUCCAGUUACAAGCACAGUAAGAAGGGAUCCGAGGAAGAUGACAGCAUGAUUUAUGUCGUCUGAAUCUACAGAUAGCAACGGUGACUCUAAAGUAAGCCUUGCUUGUUUAUUUUAACACUUCUUAAGGAUUAACAUGGGAACCUCUGCUGAAUAUACUAGGUAAGAAAAAAAAAAUCCUUGGUAGUCUAGCUGCACAUAGCUUUCUGUAUGUGAGAGAUGAGUUUACCAACUAGAAAGAAAGCAUCGAAUUGUAUUAUUAGGUAUCAUCUGUGUACAAAGGAUUAACCGAAGUUGCAAAAAAUAAAAUAAAAAUAAAAAUAAAUGAUACAGAGCUCUGCCAUUAUGAUAUUAUACAA